AUGCAUGAAACUAUCUCUCAAGCCCAAGAAAAAAUCAAUAAUGACAAUACCGACAAUGAACAGCCGAUAAUAUUUAAUGAGAGUAACAAUAGUAGUAGCAAUCUUUCAUAUGGUACUUUCAAUAGUGUAAUAAUAGCAAGUACUUCGACAUCACCUGUCACUUCUACUACGAAUCUAUUGUCGCCGUAUCAAACUAUCGACAAUGACGAGCAAGAGUUAGAAUCUCAAUCAUACUUCGUUAAUCCAAUAAACGGAUGUGCAGCGUCGAUUGGCAGUUAUGUUCCUACAACGCUUUACAUAAAGAAUGAGGUUUCGAUGGCACGAGAUCAAUUUUCAAUCGAAAGAACAUUUCUAUCAUGGUUGAGAAUCAGCACAUCAUUCAACCUUAUCGGUCUCUCGAUAUACUUUCGAUUUCACUUGGUCCCAUCAACACCAACCCCAAUUUCCAAUUUCGAGGACGCAUACGCGAGAACAAUCGGUAUAAUGUUUAUUAUAUGGGGUAUACUACUGCUGUGUUGGGCACUAUGGCAGUAUUUCGGGUUUCAACAAAUGCUCGCGGUACGCGUGAUGAAAGUUCAGAAUGGUCGAUUGAAUUUCUGUGUCGCGUUUCUUGUUGGGUGUUUAAUAUUUUCGGCGUUGAUCGUGAAUAUCAUAUUCGAGGAUGCUCGGCCGAAACAAGGAUAG